GCCCGCUCAUGACUCGGUCCGCGUAGCGCCUCGACGUCUCGUCUCGCGGCCCCUGACAGUUGCGCCCCUCUGGCCGCCCCUCGCCAUGGCCUGGGCCCCGCGGCCCGCCGGCCUGCUGCUGCUGGCCCUGGCCCUCCUCGCCCUGGCGGAGGCCGUCCAGAGCCACGGCCAGCACUGCUCGCACGUCCACCCCAAAGACGAUGAGGUGGUGCGGGACGUGGACCUGGGCGAGCCCCACCACGUCAUCAGGAAGCGCGCGGCGGACCAGCCGCUGCGGAUCCUCCUCUACUACGACCAGAGCGUGUACAGGCUGGAGGAGGAGAAGUUUGAACUGAUAAACAACACGAUCCUGCCGGAAGCGGUCCGCUUUUGGGAGAACGCGCUCAUGGUGCGGCGUGCCGGCUCCACCAUCCGCCUCAACAGAAAGUGCGCCAACAACCAGCUGUUCUACCGGAAGGACGGCGUCUUCUGCAAGAAUGCCUGCGACGAGAAGACCAUGUGCGGCGAGGUGGAGGUGCCGGAGGAGCACCUCGAGGUGUGCCGCACGUGCAACGACACGGGGCAGGACUGCGGGGAGCUGGAGGGCUCGAGCCAGGGCGCCGGCAUCGACGACAUCGACUUCAUCUUCUACGUGUCGGCCAUGCAGACGGAGCGCUGCAACAAGGGCCAGACGGUGGCGUACGCCGCGCACUGUCAGCAGGAGGCGGCGUUGGACAGGCCGAUCGCGGGCCACGCCAACCUGUGCCCCGACAACAUCGUGACGAAGCGCCAGGAGCAGGAGAUCCUGCUGUCCACCGUGAAGCACGAGAUCCUCCACGCCCUCGGCUUCUCCGUCAGCCUGUACGCCUUCUACCGGGACCAGGACGGCAACCCGCUCACCCCCCGCGAGGAGAACGGCAAGCCGCUGCUCAACGAGAAGCUGCAGGCGCGGCAGUGGAGCGACCGCGUCAUCAAGACGGUGCACCGACCCAAGUGGGUGGUCCGCGGCGGCGCCGUGGCCCGCGACGUGCUCAUGAUGGUGACGCCGCGCGUCGUCCGCGAGGCCAGGGACCACUUCGGCUGUCCCACGCUGGAGGGCGCCGAGCUGGAGGACCAGGGCGACGAGGGCACCUCGCUCACCCACUGGGAGAAGCGGGUCUUCGAGAACGAAGCCAUGACGGGCACGCACACCCAGAACCCCGUCUACUCCCGCCUCACCCUCGCCCUCAUGGAGGACACGGGCUGGUACCGCGCCAACUACAGCAUGGCCCAGCCCCUCAUGUGGGGAAAGCGGCUGGGCUGCGACUUCGCCAUGAAGAGCUGCAAGGAGUGGAUGGACCUCAAGCACAAACAAGGGAUGCCCAUCGCGCCGUUCUGCUCCAAGGUGAAGCAGGACCCCCUGGAAACAGAGUGCACCAACGACCGCAGCUCAGUGGCCCUCUGCAACUUGCUGGAGCACUCGGAGCAGUUGCCACGCAUGUUCCAGAAUUUCGACGAGAUCUACAAUGUGGAGAAAGGCCGUGAAGGCUUUUACGGAGGGUCCGUGUCUUUGGCGGACUACUGCCCUUACAUUCAGGAGUUCACGUGGCGUUCCAAGAGCGUUGUUGUACGUGGCUCCAAUUGCCGAUAUUUUGAGAACAAUCCCCACAAGGAUAAGAACUUUGCUCUUGAAUCCUAUGGAGAUGAUUCCAAAUGUUUUCUGCAAUCAAACAGAAGAUGGGAAGAACGAUCAUGCACACAGCUAAGACAGUGGCAACACUGGGGUUCGGGCUGCUAUGAAUAUCAUUGUGCUGAUGGCAGACUUCACAUUCAUGUUGAAAAUUACACCUUUACUUGCUACAACGAAGGCCAACAGGUAGAAAUUAGAUUGCUAUCUAAUGGUUGGCUACACAAUGGAGUUUUAAUUUGCCCUCGAUGUUCCCAGCUCUGUAAGGACAAGUUUGAUAACCCUGGGGAAAAGUGCUUGCCAGACUCACCAGUCCCAGACAAUGUGACCUACCAUGAAGAUGAAUUGGUGUGCGGUCAAGCGGGGCUGAGGCCACCUCUAUGGUUGUUAGUCUUACCAAUCAUAAUUUCUGUGUUUGUUCACAGAUAGGAUUUACACUCAACCCCCCUAGUAUUAAUAUUUUAAUUUUUGGCUCAUGCUGUCUACUGCCUUGUGGCAAGGCCCAAAGUUGCUGAUUUUAGUUGUAAUCAUUUUUAGCAGUUUUUAGCUUGUUUGUUAUUAUCUGGUAAUUUGAUUCUUUUACCAGGCGUCUUAAAAAUUUAUUGAAUGAAAGUAAAUACAAAAUAGAGCCUCAGCUUAGUAUUAUUGUGAGAUAUUUUGUUUUUUAAUAAGUCACGUAGUAUUAAGUACAUAUUCGGUCUUGUGCGAAAAGAAAGCACCCUUUCCAAGUUGCCAAAAUUUUCAAAACUGUAAGAUUUUUACUACUAUUGUCUUUUCAGUAUUAUUUGUUUUGAAAUGGAAUUGCGAAAAAAAUUAAUGUGGCUUGGCCUAUGUUUACUUGGUGUCAUAGAUGUCUGGCUCCGAUAGAGCUUAAACAAACACUGAAAGCCAUCGUCAAAGUAUGAUAUUUUUAUUGUGAUUUUAAGCUGUGACCAACAGCUGUAUAAGUAUAUUAUUGUUAGGAAUUAGCUGUGUUUAGUCGAGUGUGUUUUUGAAAAAUGAACUAUGCGUCCCUAAUUUUAAAAAAAUGAAAAUUGUAAGAUGUGGCUUUGGCUUGAUACUUGAAUUCUGCACAUGUACAGUCUUGUCCAGGCAAAGGCUAGUGAAUUGAAUGAAUGACUGUGCAGAACGUAUCCAACCAUUCCAGUAGUUAACUAAAUAACACUUGUGAUCUCCAUAAAAAAGCUGAUUGUCCAAAGUUGUGUAAAAUUGUAUAUAUUGUUUGUAAAUACUGUAUAAGGGGGAUGUUCUCUGUUUUUAAAUACGGUAUAGGUCAAUGUUUCAGACUGAUGACCUCUUGACUGCCCUUGAACAACAUUGACAAACUUCAUUGCCCUGUUUUAAAUUCUUUUUCUAAUUUUCCUUAUCCGUUUUAAGACAAGCUACAUAGCUAUUUUUCUUUUUAACAAAUUUUUACUUAUCUUGAUUUGUUGCUAUGUAAGUGCUCAUUUUAAGAAAAUCAGGAUGUAUUGUGAUAAUAUCAUCUGUUGCCAUUCAGUGUUUGUGUAAAUUAUGUUCUGUGAUUAUUGCUAAUUGUGUAUUUGUGUGCAUAUAAUGUACUUGUCCAUUGAUAGUCAUGAAUUAUUCAGAACAAAUGGAUUAUUUGUAAAAUGCAAUAAAUUUGUACGUCAAGUACAGUACAUUACGCCAGCAA